CCUUAAGUUACUACCCAACUGGCCAGAGUUCAUUGGGCAAGCCUGCCCACGUAGAUCAAUGAUUCGCGCAACAUGGCUCAGCUGAAACCAGCAGAGCUGAAAUCGGCGCAGCUGAAAUCGGCCUUGCCACAGAUGCUGAAAGCCCUGAAGAGUGCCCAGAAACGUGAGAAGGAGUUCUUCAGAGAAGAUCGGGAGAAUGAGAGGGCAGAGGCGGUCUUGAAAUUGCGAGAUGAGUGCAGAAAAGAAAGGUGGGAUGGCGGGAUAUAUCCGGUGCUGGAGUGUGGAGUGUGGAGUGUGCGAACUGCUGGCGAUUGGCUUCGUCGAUUGGCGGUGGGGCGAUGCAGAAAGGCGAGCAGCUGCAUCGCUUUGGUCGGAAGUGCAGGAGCUACAAAGGCAAAUCGAGGCCCGACACCGAUCCUUGAGGCGGCCAUAGAUGGGCGGCUUUUUGCCGAUACCGCCCAGCUACCGCCAGCUGGGCGGUAUGGGCUGAUGGGCUGGUCGACUUGGAAUCUUUCAAUUGGAUGGCUCGGCCUUUACUGACCCUCCAUGGACAGGAUGGAUUCAAAGAAUCAGUGAACCUUUGCCAGCGUUCCAUUUCAGCGACAUAGGCACACCCUCACAUAUCUCUUACCGAUUACCAGAAGUACUGAGCAAGAAGUGCUGGCAUAGAAAUUAGCGAUUGCAAGCUGCUGGUUCUACAAAUCUUCUGAUAGUGGCGGCUUUCGGCCAUUUUUUGCCACUCCCUCACUGCUCUCAGGCCGCCGUAGGUGCGCACAAUGCAUGGAGGAGGAA